AUGGCAAGAACAUUUACUAGAGGAGCACAUACAAUGAACUCCAUAUUUUCCAAGCCAACAAUAAGAAAACACUACAGCAAGGGCAACAGUUGUGCUGAUACAAUACGAGAUUCCAUGAAGGUGGAGGCUGAGGAAGUGAAGAAGAAGAGCAUGGCGGCAAAUCAUGAUGGAAGUUGCUGGGUUCCUCACGAUCGGACAGGGAUAUAUUAUCCCAAGGGCCAAGAGAAGGUGAUGGAAGAUGUUCCUGCAGAAGCUGUGAAGGAAACUGGGAUUAAUUGGUUUGCAAAUGCAUAGAUCUGUCCACGGAUCAAGAUUAU